AUGGUGCAGGGGCACAACCUGCCGCUGCCGGGGGAAUGGACCACACACAGACCACCCCACCCGGCCGAAGACGCAGCCGACCGCUAUCAGCGACGCACCGUCGAACACGGCGAGGCUCGGCAACGUCAGAGACGAUACGCCCAGGAGAUAACACCCACGACUGAGCACCCCCCGCCUGCGGUGCAGGUAGGCGACCAGGUGUUUAUCCGCGUGCACCCCCUCUCCAAUGCGCCCCGCAACUACAGCACUGGACUCGGCGCAAGGUGGAGCGGUCCCCACCCCAUACGCCGACGGCUCGGGAGGACCACUUUCCUAGUACGAACCAGCGGAAGAUGGGACAGAAAGGUGCACCGCGAUGAUCUGCGGCUGGCCCACCUACCCGGAGAGAACUCCCCCGACGAGGAAGCAUCACUCACACCUGACACCGAGGGAGCACCUGAGGGGGACACACCCCCCGAGACCACCCCGGUACGAAGACGAACUGGUCAGAGCCGACCACAUAAGCCCGUGUACGAAGACACGACAGCCACGCCGGCACCUGAGGUAGCUGGCGAGCCCAGCGGGACACCUACCCUCGAGGACGAGCCCCAAGGACCCCUCGUCGAGUGGCCCCCCGACACUGACACGGACGAACCCACGACAACACCGGGACCGCCAGAGGACGGCGUUGGGGCACUCUCGAUCACCGAGCUCUCUGACCCCCCCGGCACCCCGACAGAAGACUGCGAUGCAAAGACCAUCCCCGUGCUGACAGAACCAGACGACGAGGCCACCGACCUGGGGCCGCCUGGCAUCCCAGAGCGGGAGAGACGCCCAUACCAAGCUACGCCACGCCCGUACCAAGCUACGCCGCGCCCGACCCCGGACGAUCUACGGCCAGACGCCACCACGUCUCCCCAUGGGCCCCCGGGCCCAGGAGACGUCCCAGGGAACCUUCCCCAGAAUACCAGCCGACCGCCCAGGUACCUGGACGACUACGUACGGGAGAAGGCGCCACGGGCCUCCACCAACGUCCCACCACUCGGACAUCCGACGUGGGACGAUCCAGUUUCAGACCGCAGGCCCUAUCAGCUGCCGGACCACCCCGGACAUUCGAUGCGGGACGACCCAGGUCCUGAGCGCAGGCCCUACCCGCUGCCGGACCACCCCGGACAUUCGACGCGGGACGACCCAGGUCCAGAGCGCAGGCCCUACCAGCUGCCGGACCACUCCGACGAACCGACACCCGGCUGUUCGACGUGGGACGACCUGGGCCCAGCCUUCGGCCGAAGCCACCAUGUUGACCGACCGACCAACGCCGACGAAACCUUAUGGACGACCAGCGAAAGCAACUGCAUCUUCGCAACCAUCGACGACGAAGCUGACCGCGCCUGGUGUGGCGGCCUCUUCCGCGUCGGGGGGGGGGCUCUGCCUUCGCCCUCGGCACCGGCGGGGGUCCGCCCCCAGAGCGCCAACAUCAAGGUCAGCGACUCGAAACACCUCGCCGGCAUCGACCUGUCCACUAUUCCGACUGCUACCUCGACUCCUACUCAGUCCGUCUACACCACUACCACCACCACUGCCUCUAUCACCUCGCCCAUCGUGACUGCCGCUCCCUCCUUACCCGUUCUCGUCGUUGACGCGCCUGUGGACCCCAUGGACACAGCCGCUCCAGCUACUUCAGACGACGACUUUGGGUUCGUGCAGCCUCGGAAGACCACCAAGCGGCCUCUCCACGACGUGCUCUCUUCGGAUGACGCCGUCCCAGUGGAAAACCGCUACGGAUCCUUAUCCUCCUUGCCUGACUCUGACAUCGACGACGCCGCAUCAUCUGCUCCUCCUCUCACCGCCAAGCCUCGUCGUACCCAGCACCCGAAGAGACAUAAGACUGUUGCCGCGACGCCCCAGCCUCAACCUUCUACAUCUGUCUCCCCUCCGCCACCUCAGCCAUCCACGUCUCAGCGGCCAGCCACCUCUGCUCCGUCUGCACCUAAGCCGCCUCGCAUGCCACCCAUUGGCAUUCGCUCCUCGCCGACUGCUCAACCCUUCCUCCACAUCAAACACUUGCAGUCCUUGCUCACCGGUCCACUCACCGCCACCUCCAUUAACGACCGUACGUCUUUCUACACUGCUAAUCCUCACGACCAUCAGUUCCUCUACGACCACCUCAAGAGACAUGGCUACCAGCCCUACACCCACCUGCGUCCCGACGAGCGCACCGACCGUGUUGUGGUCAAGCGCCUGCCCUCCUCCACCACCGCGGACGAGGUCAAGGAGGCUCUCCUGGACCUCGGCCUCCCGGUGGGCACCGUCUUGCCGCUCCGCACCUCCGCCGACUCAACAACCCGGCCCUUCCUCGUCUGCACCAACGGACUAGGGGAGGCGACACGGUUCCUCAAACUGAAGACGCUAGGCUGCUGGGUGGUGACCGUAGAGCGCUACCGGGGCUCUGGGAGGGUGUUUCAAAUGCGCUGGGCACCACUGGUCGCGAGACUGCACCUCUACGACUAA